AUGGAUUUUGAAACUAGGGAGGACAAAGAUGGUGUACGAUUAUCUUGGUCUUCGGUACCGAAAUCGAAAUUGCAACAUCAACGAAACGUUAUACCCUUGGGAGCGUUAUACACACCAUUAAAUGAUAAAAGUGAAAUACCAAUAUUAAAUCAAGCCAAUAUAAUAAGUUGUCGGUCAUGCCGGUCAAUCUUGAAUCCAUAUGUAACUGUCCAAAAUGGAACUUGGUCAUGUCAAUUUUGUAACGUGCCAAAUCAAUUACCAUCAUUAGUUUCCGAAGACGGAACUCCACUUUUACCACCAGCAUUAGACGGACAAUGUACAACAGUGGAAUAUGAAACUGGGAGACAAAGCUCUUUACCACCGGUGUUUUUUUAUGUUGUUGAUACUUGUUUUGAAGGUGAUGAUGUUGAGGCUGAGUUUGCCAAAUUGAAGGAAAGUUUGGUUUUAUCAUUGAGCUUGUUACCGGAAAAUGCAUUGGUUGGAUUUGUUUCCUUUGGUAAACAUGUUAAAGUACAUGACCUAAUCUCCAAUGAUGAUUUAAGUUAUACCUUUAAUGGAAACAAGACUUACAACUUGGAACAAAUUCAACAAGCAUUGGGAUUACUGGGAAGUGGAAUCAGCAAUGCAGGAUUAUUGCAUGCUCAAGGUGGUGGCGAUUUCGAACACUUGAUUGGACAUGCAGCUAGGCGAUUCUUGCAACCAUUAAGUCUCGUUGAAUAUGAAUUGACAAACAUUAUCGAAAAUCUUGUUCCCAAUUCAUUUCCCCAUAGUGAAUAUAGUGAUCGUCCAGCAAGAGCCACCGGGUCAGCAAUCAACAUCUCCUCGUUGUUGUUGAAAAGCAUCCUAGGAGACAAUCAUUUAACUGGCGGUCAUUUAAUGGUGUUUAUUGCAGGAGUAUGUACUAUAGGACCAGGUAAAAUUGUCGAUACAGCUUUGAAAACUCCAAUGAGAUCUCAUCAUGAUAUUUUAAAGGAGCAAUCCCGUUUAAUUAAAGCACCAACAACAUCAUCCAAAACGAAAACUGAUACAUCAUUGUUCAAAGAAGCCAAAGCAUUUUAUGCCAAAGUAGCUAGAGUAUUAGUUACCCUUGGCCUCAGUUGUGAUCUUUUCAUUGGAAGUUAUGAUCAAGUUGGAUUAUUUGAAAUGGAUGAAGUUUGUACCAAAACUGGUGGUGUUGUAAUCAUGACUGAUUCAGUGAGUACAGCAAUUUUCAGACAAAGUUUUGCCAGAUUCUUCAAAAAGCAAGAAACAAACAAUGAAUGGCUCGAUAUGGGAUUCAAUUCAACUUUGGAAGUCAAAGUUUGUCAAGAUUUGAAAAUUGAAGGGUUAAUUGGUAAUGCAACUUCAUUGCCUUUUAAUAAAACGGUGAUUGCUAAUGAACGAAUGAUUAGUGAACGAGAAGUUGGAGAAGGUAAGACCAAUAGUUGGAAAUUAUGUAGUGUUGAUCCAAGAUCAACCUAUGCCAUUUAUUUUGAAAAAUUGGAUAAUUUACACACCAAUAAUGCCGCUACAUUUAUCCAAUUCUUGUUUCAUUAUCAACAUCCUAGUGGUGAAAUGAGACUUCGAGUAACUACAGUCCCCAUUAGUAUUGUUCUUGAUUCAGAUAAUGCUCAAUUGGAGGCUAGUUUCGAUCAAGAAGCAGCAUUAGUACUUGUUGCUCGUGAAGCUGUGAAAAAACUACAGACUGACCUCCACAAAAAAUUCAUAAGUGGCACGGCAUUGAGUAAACAGUUGGAUCAAGUUUUAAUUGAUUUUUGUACUCGAUUUGCCGUUUAUCAAAUUGGCAUGAUGGAUUCUUUCCGAUUAUCAACUACUUAUUCCCUUUUCCCGCAGUUUAUGUUUCAUUUACGAAGAUCACCAUUCAUCAAUGUUUUCAACAGUUCUCCUGAUGAAACGAGUUUUGUACGACAUGUAUUCAUGCAUGAAGAUUUAGCCAAUUCAUUAUUGAUGAUUCAACCUACGUUACUAUCAUAUGAUAUAAACAGUUGGGGCUCGUCAACCACAGAUGAAGAUACUGGUGAAGAAAUCACCAAUGAACCAGAACCAGUUUUACUUGACUCAGUAAGCUUGGGCAAAACAAAAAUCCUACUUCUUGAUACAUUUUUCCAAAUUUUGAUUCAUCACGGUUCGCAAAUUGCUCAAUGGAGAAAAGCCGGGUACCAUGAACAAGAUGAAUAUGCAUAUUUUAAAGAAUUUAUCGAGGCACCCAAAAGAGAAGCAAUGCUGUUAUUAGUUGAUCGAUUCCCAUUACCUCGUUUUAUCGAUUGUGAUGAAGGUGGAUCUCAAGCGAGAUUCUUGAUGGCGAAAUUGAAUCCUAGUACUAGCUAUGCUACUAAUGUCAACCAUUUUUAUGGAUGGGGUGAUCGAUCUGAUGUUUUCACUGAUGAUGUUAGUUUGCAACUGUUUAUGGAUCAUGUUCAACGCGUUGUUACAUCAAAAAAGUGA